UAAAGUUUAUUAUUUUAGGUAAAUUUGAUCGACUUUGUCUUGGUGAGAUCAUGAAUGGUAUCAAGAUAAAGAAGUGUAAAUGGUUAAAGAAGAUAUCAAAUCCUACUCAACAAUCACAUUUAUUAUCUAAACUACAACUCUGGUUAUUCAACUAUUUUAUUAUUCCUAUAAAACAGGCAUUCUUCUAUGUAACAGACAGCAGUAACUAUAGAAACAGAGUAUUUUAUUAUCGUAAAUCAUUGUGGCAGAAAAUAUUUUACAAAGCUUUCAAAGCUUUUAAAGAAAAAAGUUCAUUGAAGCUUAUUCCUGAAUCUGAAGUAAAAUUACUUUUAAAAUAUGAGAAAAGUCUAGGAAUAGCUCAUCUACGAUUUCUACCUAAAACAAGUUCCUGUAGACCUAUAGUUAACAUGGGUAAAAAUCUCCUCUUUCCUGGUAUAACAAAGAAAAUACCUAUCAAUAAACAGUUAUUAAAUCUACUGAAUGUUUUAUCACCUGAUAAGUUGAAGAAUAGUGAUAAUUUAGGAUCUACUGUAUUUGGUACUGAUGAUGUAUAUUUGAAAUUAAAACAUUUUAUUCAACAGAGAAAAGAUAAUCAAGAUAACAGAGAAUUGUAUUUUGUGAAGACUGAUAUCAGUAAUUGUUAUGAUACAAUUAAACCUGAAAAACUCCAUGACAUCAUCAAAGAUAUACUGCAACAGAAUCCUGAUGAAUAUAUAACUAGGAGAUAUUUUACUGUCAUGUCUGUUGGAGGUAAAUUACGCGGAACUAUAAAUCGUGAUUCAAGAUCGUUGAUGGAUUAUAAUCCAGAUUUCUUCUCCUUUAUAAAAGAUAAAAUACAAGAUGGCGACCUUAGAGAUCUUCUUCUUGUUGAUAAGGUAAUCAGUGAACAUGAUUCAACAGAUAACUUAUUAGAGCUUCUUCGUGCAUUGCUUUAUAAUAACAUUAUUAAGGUUGGUCGAUUAUAUUAUAAACAAGAAUUAGGUAUAAGUCAAGGUUCGGUUCUAUCUACGUUACUAUGUAAUUAUUAUUAUGGUCGUAUGGAAGGAGAGUCAAUGACCGUGUUACAAGAUGAGUUGAUGAUGAGGAUGGUAGAUGAUUUUAUAUUUAUAUCACCAUAUAAACACAGAGCUGUAGAAUUCCUUACAAACAUGUGGUCAGGAAAUGUGGAGUAUAAUUGUAGUGUUAAUGCUGAGAAGAUUGUUACUAAUUUUACCUGUCAACUUGAAAACAGAGAUAUACAACAUCACAUAAAUCAAGAGUUUGCAUGGUGUGGUUAUAUAAUAAAUACCUCAACAUUAAAUAUAUCUGUUGAUUAUGAUCGCUAUAUUGGUUUAGCCAUUUCUGAUACUAUGACUUUUGAAACUGGACAGAAUCCUGGACAAGCCAUGAAAAAUAAACUUAUGCUAUCAAUCAGACCCAAGUGUAACUGUUUAUUUCUAGAUCCAAAGGUAAGUGAUUAGUUAUUGAUUAUUGGUUGUUAUGAUCAAUAACCUGAGCUACAAUGUAUAUUACCUUGAAAGGUGAGGUGAUGCGUUAUUAAGAAUAGAUGAUGAUCAUCGAUAACAUCAGUUAAAAUAUAUAUUAC